AUGAAAUUUUGGACUCCCUUGUUACUAGCAGUUCCGGCACUUUGUGACGAUGUAAGUUUGUUCGAGUGGAUUAGCAACUAUGAAAUUGCUCUUGAAUCAUGUCAGGCCCAGAUAGACCUUACAGCUACCGUCUGUCUAAUUCCUGAAACCGCUGCCAAGCGUGGCCUUGUGCGUCGGGAUGAUGACUUUGAUCCCACUAGUUGUUAUUGUACUAUGGAAGCACCAUUUGUCACCUUGAUCGACUGUUUUGUUAAAGGUGAAGGAAAUAAGACUCUGUACAUGAACUCAUUUAUUGACAGUUGUAAAGGGUUGACGGACGAGCCCUUGACAUUAGACUCGUUAUAUUCCACUUACUACUCCGGCUUGAAGCACAUGAAAAACGUACUGACAGUGGAAAAUUUCAGUUUGACAGAAGUCGUGGACUACCCUGUGUUGUUGGACUACAAACAGUAUAAAAUCAACCGGCAGUGGGAAUGGAUGGCAGAGAAGAACAAGAACUUGGGUCUGAUCUUUGGUUUGUCUCUCAUGGGCUACUGGGGUCUUGUGUUGUUGUUGGCAACUCUUGUCAACUGGACGAUUUAUUUAUUCCCUGGGUUCACCGGUUUAUUUGUGGGACCUUUGUCCAACAUGUGGAGAAAGUACGUAUCAUUGCCAGCAGCCAUCUCACGCAGAAAAACUCGUGCCGUCAGGUUUGGCUUGUUAGUUCCUUCUCGUAUGGAAUCGCUCAUUAUCUUUGUGUUUUUGUUUUUAACUGCGAUGUUCUCAGGAAUCAAUAUCCACCUGGUUCCUGGUAACGAGUUCAGUCAAGGAAACUAUGUGGCACGGUUUGUGGCCAUCAGAACGGGUAUCAUGGUUGGCUACAUUUGCCCGCUCUUGGUUUUGUUCGCCGGCCGUAACAACUUUUUGCAAUGGUUGACCAGAUGGAAUUUUGCAACCUUUAUUACCUACCACCGGUGGGUGUCAAGAAUCGUUGUCUUAUUGGUGAUUAUCCACGCAAUCGGUUUCACGGUAUCGGAUAUCAGUAGAGACAAAUAUUCUGCCCGGGUGAAGGAAGGCUUCAUCCAAUGGGGGAUCGUGGCAUGUGUUUGUGGAGGAAUCAUUUUGGUGCAAGGAUUGCUCGUGGUGAGAAGAAAGAGCUACGAAGCAUUUUUGGUGAUCCACAUUUUGAUGGCCAUGUUCUUCGUUAUUGGGGGUUACAAACACACACUCGGGUUUGGUUACCAACCAUUAUACUGGACAUCCAUCGCCGUAUGGGCUAUUGACCGGUUAAUCAGGUUUACUCGUUUAUUUGUUUUCGGAGCUCCAAUGGCUACUGUCACUCUUUUGGCAGAAGAAACCUUGAGAGUGGUUAUCCCCAAACCAAGUUUCUGGCAUGCCACUCCUGGAGGACAUGCCUUUGUACAUUUUAUUAGACCUUCGUGUUUCUGGCAAUCUCAUCCAUUCACCUUCACUGAUUCGUCUGAAGAGGGUAACUACAUCGUCAUGUACAUCAAAUUAAAGGGUGGUGUUACUCAUGGGGUCUACAAGCACUUGGCCAAUGCACCCGGAAAGAGUGCUAAAAUCAGAGUUUUGGUGGAAGGACCUUAUGGAGAAGACUCGUCUGCUCGUAAGUAUAAGAACGCUGUGUUCAUAGCUGGAGGUAACGGUAUUCCUGGUAUUUACUCGGAGUGUAUCGACAUUGCCAGAAAAACCGUUGAUGGAAAUGGUCCUCGGUUGAAGCUCAUUUGGAUCAUUCGGGAAUGGAAGUCGUUGGCUUGGUUCUACCAAGAGUUGAGAAACUUGAACAACACCAACAUCGAUACUACGGUGUUCGUGACCAAACCAUUGUUGAAUUUGGAAAAUGGUUUGACCCAUUUGAAGCCAAUUCUCAUAGACUCAGAAUCUUCCUACUCGGACAAAGAAAAGACUAAUUCGGAUGUCAAAGACUCUAGUCUUCCAUGUAACGAUUCGGACCUGGAAGAAACUUCGAUGGUGGCCUCCAUCAAGAAUGAGUUGUCACACAUUUCUUUCCAAGAAGGAAGACCUGAAAUUCACGACCUCAUAUGUAAUGAGAUUUCUCAAGCCGAUGGGUCUUUGGCAUUUGUCACCUGUGGUCACCCCCAUAUGGUUGAUGAAGUUCGUUUUGAAGUAUCACAGAAUUUGCACCAGUCUAAGCACAGAAUAGAGUAUUUUGAGCAGUUACAGGUAUGGGCCUAG